AUGUCCAACUCACGUCUACAAGAUAAAGUCGCUAUUGUGACGGGCGCAUCCUCGGGCAUCGGUCGCGCGAUCGCCAUCCGCUACGCGCAAGAAGGAGCCAAGUUAAUAUGUGCCGAUUUGACACCCACAGCAAGAUCGAACGAGGAAGCCUCGAUAACCACGCAAGAUCUUAUAGUGCAAGCUGGAGGAGAAGCGUUAUUCGUGCAGACGGAUGUGAGCGAUGCAACAUCCAUGGAGAACGUUGUGGCCGUUGCUGUAAAGCAGCACGGUCGACUGGAUAUUCUUGUCAAUAAUGCCGGGGUUGCCAUCGAAGCGCACAGCCCGUCUGUGCUGCAUCUGACCGACGAGGCGACCUGGGACACGACGAUGCAGGUAAAUGCCAAGUCGAUAUUUCUGGGUUGCAAGUAUGCCCUUACGCAGAUGCUAGCUCAAGAGCCGCAUUCUUCCGGUGACCGGGGGUGGAUCAUCAAUAUUUCCUCGAUUAUGGGGAUUGUUGGAGGGAAGGAGAGCCGUGAGUCUACUCGUAUUUUUGACCAGCAAAUGGUUUUUACUUACACCCCACCAGCCUCUUAUUGUGCAUCCAAGGGUGCAGUGAGUAAUCUCACGAGACAGGUGGCAUUGGACUAUGCACUUCACAAUAUCCAUGUCAAUGCGUUGUGUCCUGGCUUUAUCCAGACUGCUAUAUUGAAGGAGGCUACCAACGGUUUGAUUGAUUUUGAGACUCUCAAUCGACGACACCCUUUGAAAGGACCGGGUUUGCCAGAUGACAUUGCUCGUAUGGCUGUUGUACUGGCCAGUGACGAUGCCAAUUGGGUCACUGGCGUGUGCCUUCCCGUUGAUGGUGGAUAUACUGCUCGGUAG